AUGAUGGUUGGAGCUGCAAUCGUCGGUCUCGUUGGAGCAGCGGGUGUUUUUAUAUAUGAACAAAUUUACGCAGAGAAGCGAAGGACAAUGUUGGUAAGAGAAGUUGCGAGACUUGAUAAACAAGUUUCUUCAAUGAGAUCAGAAUUAGAAGCUUUAAGAGAACUGCAGAAAGAAGCCCAACUUCGAAGAUUGAAGCAGAAGCGGAGCACUAAACGACGCGAAAUUCCUAAAAUAGAAACCUCUGGAGAUACUGUUGACGCGCCGGAUCAGAGCUAUGCUUCAGAUUCUGAGUACUUCACUGAUUAUCAAUCAGUUGUAGUGACAGAUGUUGAGAUGGACAGUGAGGAGUUCUACGAUGUUCACACAGACGAAGAUGACGACGACACACUACGCGAGUCUUUGAAGAAUGGACAUGCAGCAGGGAACCUUACGUUGGAUGAGGAUAACUUGGAAAAAUCAGAUGUGCCAGUCCAAAAAUAUAUUAAGGAAAAUAGCACAUAG